AUGAAGGUCGCAGUGGUUCUACUCCUUGUCGCAGUAGCUGUUUAUGUGACAGAUGCAAAGACAUUUACGAGAUGCGGCUUGGUGAAGGAGUUAAGGAAACAAGGCUUCCCUGAAAAUGAAAUGAGGAAUUGGGUGUGCCUCGUAGAAAAUGAGAGUUCCAGAAGGACCGAUUUAGUGAGUAAAAAGAACACGAACGGAUCCCGCGACUACGGCCUUUUCCAGAUUAAUGACAAAUACUGGUGCAGUAACAAUGGAAAACCUGGCAAGGAUUGUAACGUUGCUUGUGAUCAACUUAUCACCGAUGACAUCACGAGAGCUUCGAACUGCGCGAAGAAAGUCUUCAAGCGUCACGGGUUCAACGCCUGGUACGGGUGGAAGAACCACUGCCAAGGAUCCCUUCCCGAUAUAACACCGUGCUAA